GCACUAAUGUAAUUGCACAUAGGAUAAGCUUAUGGUGACGACUGACGACUAUUUGGGCAAUUUCUCAUCUCUUUAGACUGUGAAAUCAAAAAUGGUGCUUACCCUCUCCAAUACCUUCCUUCAUGGAAGCCCCUCCCUUCCACCACCUUCCAUUAAUAAGGCUGCCACUGGACUGGUGGAGGGGCGCGAUCAGAUGCGCGUGAGUUGCAGGAAGAAGGACAUACACCCGAAGUUCUACGAGGAUGCGAAGGUUUUCUGCAAUGGCGAGCUGGUGAUGACUACCGGCGGGACCAAGAAGGAUUACGUGGUGGAUGUUUGGUCGGGGAACCACCCCUUUUAUCUCGGAAGCCGGGCUCAUCUCCUCUCCGACGCCGGCCAAGUUGAAAAGUUCCGUAAGAAGUUUGCGGGUUUGUCGAGUAUUAUGGAAAUCCCGGUGUUGAAAGGUGAAAUUGUGCUUCCUCCUAAGAAAAAAUCCGGGAAAGGCAAAAAGAAGUAGAUAAUUCCUUGUUUGGUUUCCUUUUCCUGAUGCUUUUGGGCUAAAGUUUGGAUCUUUGUAUGUAUUAUAUUGGUGUAUAAUUUGAACUCUUUAGCUUUGGAAGUGUUGCAUUUCAUGAUUCCAUCAUCCCAAACGAGUAACUUUUUCUUCAUUUUAGUGCUUCUGUUUAUGCACAUGGCUGCAAUUACCUUAGUUUAUUAUGAAAUUAACUUUACAUAGAUGUUCAAGAGUGGCUGCAGGUUGUAAUGGUUGAUCAAUGGCUUAU